ACAUUCAUAUGUCAUAUCACUUUUAUAUUGUAACGUUCACAUAAUUCCCACCAAAUUUUUUCAUUUUCUCAUCACUGGUAACAAUUAGUUGUGCAAAAUUAUAUAUUCAUUUGUAGGGAAAAAUUGAUGGAAGAUAGUGGGAAGAAGGAGGCUCGAUACCGAGGAAUAAGGCGGCGGCCGUGGGGGAAAUACGCGGCGGAGAUAAGGGAUCCGUCGAGGCAAGGUGCUCGAUUGUGGCUAGGAACUUUUAACACGGCGGAAGAAGCUGCAAGGGCGUAUGAUCGAGCAGCUUUUGCGUUUAGAGGACACCUUGCUAUCCUGAAUUUUCCGAAUGAAUAUCAACAUCAAACAAUUCCGGGUUCAUCUAUCCCGACUCGUGCAAAUUCUUCGUCUUCUUCGUCGGGCCAGCAGCCGGCUUGUUCGAAAUCGGAAGGAGGAAAUGAAGUUAUAGAGUUGGAGUACUUGGAUGAUAAAUUGUUGCAGGAGCUUCUGGAGAGUAGCUUAUAAUCUAUAAUUCCAUUAAAUUGGCUUCAAUUACAAUUUUUUGUAGUUAAAUUAUGCUGUUCAUCUUUAAGAAUCAAGAGACUACAAUGAAGUCCCCAAACAAUAAUUGAUUUAUCUACUUCUGCAAAUGAUUGUUGAAUGGAUCUGUAGCUGUAAACUAUUUUCUCCUUCAUAUAAUUCUUGUCAUUCACACACAUAUAUAUAUAUAUGUGCGUGUGUGUGUAUCUAUAUAUCUUUAGUAGCUUUUCUAUUUGGAGUAGAAUAAA